UCAUAUAAUUUAUAUAAAUUAAUCUUCUCCACUAAACAUACUAACCAAAAAUACAAUCCUAAACACCCUUGUUUUAACAAAACAAAUAAAAAUAAGGCCUUCUCUAUGGGCAAAAGCAUAGCAUUUUCUCUCCUCCUCGUGGCGGCCUUAGCAUCCACCGUAUCCCAUGUCUCUGGGUCGGACAAAGACGCCUUCAUGCGAGUCCACAACACGGCUAGAGCGUCCGUGGGACUCCCCCCAUUCACUUGGGAUUACAGGCUAGCUUCCUUUGCUCAAUCAUUUGCUAAUAAACGUAUUUAUGAUUGCCGUUUGGUACACUCGAAUGGUCCCUACGGGGAGAACAUAUUCUGGGGUAGCGGUGGUUAUUCAGCGGCUUUUGCUACACAGACAUGGGUGGAAGAGCGUAGGUACUAUGACUUAUACUCUAACUCAUGUCGCGGUGGCAUGGAUUGUGGACAUUACACACAGAUCGUCUGGAGGAGAUCUACACGCCUCGGUUGUGCUAGGGUUACUUGCAGAAAUGGUGGCGUUUUCGUUACCUGCAACUAUGAUCCUCCUGGCAACUACAUUGGCUCCCGCCCCUACUGAUUUUAUUUCUGAUAUCUAAUUGCAUCACAUUAUUUUAUUGGAUAGAUGAAAAUGUUAAAAAGCUACUUAUAUUCUUGCUGAGCAUAUAUGCAAAAACAGGAAAUCUUCGAUUCAAAAAUAGUGUAUACUUCAAAGCAAAUGGAAUGGAAAAGAAAAUCGCAGUCAAUAUACCUCCAUUAUAUUCCUUUGUUCUUAGCACUUGCGUUUUGUAGGCAUUUCAAGACUAAGCUUCUUUGACAUUGAAAUCAAAUACCACAAGAUUUUAGAGUUUCCACCAUGCAAAAAAAUGGAUUCUCUUUGGUUAAUUAAGCUAGGUCAAAAAACUAAACUAGUAUAUAUACGUGCUCUCCAUAAUGGAUCAUGCAUCUCACAAACUACCUUCAAUUCCCAAAUAUAUGACCCUUUCAAGUUUUCUUACCUUUAAGCUUUCUUUGUUUUAACGGAGAAUAUUUUCAAUGAAAACAACUUUCAUAGGAAAACACAGUUGUUAAUGUAAAUUUUCAUAUGUUCGUUUGCUUAAAAAGAAAUAGGGGUGCAGAGGACAGGAUGGAUGGGAAGAAAAGAAAAAGAUAAAACUUAUACAGAGGAUAAGAAUUAACAAGUAGGGACGGAAAGUGUGGCAUUACUAGCUUACAGAAAGAAAAUGUUUUUGUAGCCUUUUCCGGUUGUGUACUGUGGGUGCGGGGGUGAGAACUGAGAAGACAUCAGACAAUACAGAGCUAAGAGACAUGCCACCAUACCUUAUAAUUAACACUCCACUCUUCAUAGCUCCUCAACGAUCAAUUUUGAUUGCAGUUCAAAUUCUACAAUUUAGCAAUGCUCCACUCUGUUACGACCUUUGCUGCAGACAGGUUCAAGUAGAACUGUGGUAUACCUAGCACCAAUUACACAGUUACGCUGCAUAAAUGAGUAUUUAACAACACACCACAAUAAUCAUGAAAUGUUCAUGCAUAGAUGCACUGGCCAAAUCUGCUGAAAACUUUAAUCUGUGCACAGAUGGAAGUACUGGCCGCAAGAAUGAUGAGAAAAUAGAAAAUGAAAUAAGUAAGGCAACAGCAUAACCUUAAUUAGAUGACUUCAAGAAGCUUGAGUUGAGGGGAUUGCUGAAAACUACAUAUCAUUGAUAACAGACAAUAGAGAGAUGAAGAUAAACAAGGGAGCUCAUGAAUCAUCAUCAUUGUGCUAAUAUAACAUUUUAAUCAUAUAGCAGGAAUAUUAAUGCGUGAGGGAGCAUCUACGUUUCUUUUCUAAAGCUUACUUAGAUUUUUGUUCCAGCACCCGCGCACACACAAGUCUCGGUUGUAAGCUUUAGAAAAAGAACCAUGGAUGUUGUGGCAUCAAAUAUAAAAUAUAAUCGUACAUCGUAGGCUUCAUACCUUGCAUAGUUUCUUGGUUGAGAAAAUAUACUUCCUUGAAAAGGAUUUUAGAAUUCCGGACGACUUGACCUGAAAAGUGAAGCAACAAGAAAUACGAGACACUAUUUUCACAUGCUGCAUAAUAUAAUAUUCAUCACAGAAGGGAAAAAAAAAAAACAGCCCCUCUAUGGAUCGUUACCCCAUUCCAAUGAUUCCACGUUUACAUUCAAAACCUUAAGAAUAACUAGAAAUGCAAAUAGACGAUAAUGUUUGUUAGGAAGUCUGGAACCAUGAACUUAUGUCAUCGUCAAAACAUGUAAAUGAAGGUUUAGCUUCUUGCAGGGUUUAUAUAUGAAUGAUUUUGUACACCAUUCAUCCAGAGAGGCAACUCUUAGGAGACAGAAGUUCAAAAACUCAAGAGUCAGUGUGCUCGACUUGCCUAAACAAGGUCGGAAACCUAAGAGCUUAACAGAAGCACAGAUCAGAAUUAAGAUGCCAAGUGACAAUUUAUUCGGCAAGGGACGGGUUUACACUAUAAGGUACAGAAUUUAAAGAUAACUUGAGUGAUCAGAUAAUAUAGAAUUUGGGAGGGGGAGGAGUAACUUACUUCCAGCACACCUUUUCUCGUUACCUUUGGCUAAAUCUUCAACUUAAAGGCGUCGGACAAAUUCUA